GGUUCCCGGCAACAGUGCGGUAUGGACGGCCCCGGAACCUUCACUUUCUGAGAGGAAACGGUUUAUGACCCAGAACUGCAUGGCCAGUAAAACUGCUGCUCAGUUAUGAGGGUGUAAUAAUGUCAUGUGCAAACACUCCAGGACUUGGAAAUCCACUUCCCGCACACCCACUGCUAGGGGUGGUUUGGGGACCAGCUCUACCAAAAAGGACAUAAACUAAAAGGCAGAGGGCUCAGGGCAGAAAUGAAGUGGGAACCGUAGAUCCGAAGCCAGGGGCGGUGAGGUAGGAGGCCCAGAGCUUGGAAGAUUGUGAGGACGUGGUAGCAGCACCCAGAGGAAGGAAGAAAAGGCCACCAGAGACCCCAGGAUGGACCAUCAGACUCCAGAGCACACAGGUUCAAGGGACGGCCGGUCAGGACAGACGCACAGGAGCAGCAGGAGAGCGUGUCCCUGGGGACCGUGCCAUGUGGACCAUCCGGUGGUUCUGGCCCCUGGUGGCUGUCUGCACCGCGGACCACUUUCGGGACACAGCGGUGAGGAUCAUGCAGGACACGCCUGUCAUUGACGGGCACAAUGACCUGCCCUGGCAGCUGCUGAAACUGUUCAACAAUCAGCUUCGGGACCCGCGGGCCAACCUGACCAGCCUGGCCCACACGCACACCAACAUCCCCAAGCUGAAGGCCGGCUUUGUGGGUGCCCAGUUCUGGUCUGCGUACGUGCCCUGUGACACCCAGAACAAGGAUGCCGUGAAGAGGACGCUGGAGCAGAUCGACGUCAUCCACCGCAUGUGCCAGUUGUACCCCGAGACCUUCCUGUGUGUCACCAACAGCACAGGCAUCCGGCAGGCCUUCCGGGAGGGAAAGGUGGCCAGCCUGGUCGGCGUGGAGGGCGGCCACUCCAUCGACAGCAGCCUGGGCGUCCUGCGGGCGCUCUACCACCUGGGCAUGCGGUACUUGACUCUCACCCACAGCUGCAACACGCCCUGGGCCGACAACUGGCUGGUGGACACAGGAGAAGACAAGGCCCGCAGCCAGGGCCUGUCGCUCUUUGGGCAGAGCGUCGUGAGGGAGAUGAACCGACUGGGCGCCGUCAUCGACUUGUCCCACACGUCCGUGGCCACCAUGAAGGCCGUGCUGCGGCUGUCCAAGGCCCCCGUGGUCUUCAGCCACUCCUCGGCCUACAGCGUGUGCCAGCACCGGCGCAACGUGCCCGACGACGUGCUCCAGCUGGUGAAGCAGACGGGCAGCCUCGUGAUGGUGAACUUCUACAAUGACUACGUUUCCUGCAAAGCGGAGGCCAACUUGUCCCAAGUGGCAGAUCACCUGGACCACAUCAAGAAGGUGGCGGGGGCCGGAGCCGUGGGCUUGGGUGGGGACUACGAUGGCGUGUCCAGGCUCCCGUCGGGGCUUAAGGACGUGUCCAAGUAUCCAGACCUGGCCGCCGAGCUGCUGAGGAGACAGUGGACUGAGGCAGAGGUCAAGGGCACCCUGGCAGGCAACCUGCUGAGGGUGUUCGAGGCGGUGGAGCAGGCGAGCAGUCACACGCAGGCUCCCGGGGAGCAGCCCAUCCCAUUGGACCAGCUGGAGGCCUCCUGCAGGACCAGCUACGGCUACUCAGGGGCCCCCAGCCUCCAGCUCCAGCCGGGGGCCCUGCUGGCCUCCCUCGCACUCCUUGUCCUCUGCCUGUGUCCCCUCUGAUGCCCUGGGUUCUAGAGCGGCAGCGACUCCCUGUGCGCUCAGACGGGCCUGUCCU